AUGGCGUCCGUUUCGUCUCACAACAGCUCCUCGCAUCCGUCACCAUAUGAUUUCGACUCCAACGGCGAGACGGACGAAUCAUGGCAAUACAUUGACUAUUCUAGCAGCGCCUCUGCACCCGGAUCCGUCGGCUUCCUGCCUAGCCCAGCGAGCGGCAGCCUGAACGGGUUCGCCAUCAUCGGCCACCACACGACGACUUCACCCUCACAGCACUCCCUGUCGCCAGUACUGCCCCCGCUAGGCGAGGGCGAGCAGCAGGCGUUCCUCCCGCCGGCCACCUCGGUGCCCAUGAGCGGCGCGAUGGAGUCUGGCGAGUUUGCGAUGACGACGGCGGGUGACUUCAUGGCCGACGGCAUUUUCAUGACGCCGCAGGAAUACCUCUUUGCGGAGGACGCCUUGUCGGAGUGGCGGCCAGAGGCGCUGGGCCUGCCGGGCACGACCGAGUUUCAAAUAGAUGCCGUUUCUGCGAUGGGCCACGCGCAGCAGCACCAUAUGCAGCAACAACAGCAGCAACAACUUGCGGCGGCACCGAAUUUGGAGUUGGACAACUUUCAGCAAUUUCAACUGGAGGGUACGUUUGUGCAAUGGGAUCCUCAUGGAGCGGGCGCCGCGUCGCCCGGUGAAGGACCGUCGAUGAGCAUGGCCAAGUACAUGUCUUCGCCGAGCCAGCACAGUAUCGAAUCCUCCAGCCCCCGCUCGACGACGUCGGUAAAGUCUGAGGGAAGCGGCAAAACGUCACCCAUGGCCAUCCGAAAAGUCAAUGUUGGAAGAGUCGGAAAGAGCAGAGCAGAACAGAUGGGCAAAUUCCACAUUGUUACGCCCAACUCGAUCAACGCGAGCGCCGGACGCCCCAACCCAUACGAAUGCUUCGAAGCGAUGCGCACGACGCAGCGCGGACGCAAGGGCCCCCUCGCCAAUGCCACCAAGGAAGAUGCCCUUCAGGUACGCCGGCGCGGGGCCUGUUUUUGCUGCCGCAGUCGCAAAGUCAAGUGCGACACUGAGCGGCCGUGCAAGCACUGCAAGAAGCUUAUGGUACAGGUGCCGCAGGUGGUUUGCUGGCAGUUUCAAGACUUCUUGACGAUUUUGUUUCCUGCCUUCAUCAGCGCCCACUUGAAGAAGGACGAGAUGACCACGUUUUUGCGGGACAAUGUGGACGGAUUUCUAAUUGGCGGCGCGCCGCAAUCGUGCUCCGUGAAGCUGUUUUCAGGCGCACGAUUCGUCACGACUCUUGACGUUGAAGCCAAGUUUUUCACGGCCAAGACAUGCGAUGUGCUGCAACACUGGCACCUCAACUCUGGCAACAAUGGAGUUCAUCUGGACUCGAAUGGUUCUGCGCCAAUUGGACUGGAGAUGACUGGCGGCCAAAGGGACGAAGUGCGCAGAAAGGUCAAAGCUUAUGUGAGGCAACUGAUAGGAGAGCCUGUCUUUGCGGAGCAAGUCACGGACUCGCUGCGGUCGACGAGGCUGCCGGUCAAGAUCCUCUCCAUCGCGCAAACGUAUGCAAAGAAGACAGAUUGCCCCAUGGUGAAGAAGUCUCUCUCCAUCUACGCCAUGCACUACGUCAUGACGAGGCACCUGUGUCUGACCAGCGACACCGUGCGCGCGCUGCAGCCGUCGGGCCUGGUGCCGCAGAACAGCCCGUGGGUGACACCGCGUGUGCUCGCGCGGCAGGUCAAGUCGCUGGUCGACGAGAUUUGCAUGCGCGAGAUGCAGCAGCUCUUCGAGCUCUUCACCAAGGCGCUCAAGCCCAAGUAUCGCCGGGAGUGGGCGCCGAGCCUGGCGGCGUUUCUGGUGCUCUGCCUGUACAUGGAGGCGGUGGAAACGACGACGGACAACUUUGUCGUGUCGCAAAACGCCGUCAACACGCGCAACAAGGACCCGCCGUCGUUUCGGCGGUCGUUUGCGCUCGACAUGUGUCGCGAGGUGGAGAACAUGCCGUUCAAGCAGUUUGCGUACCAGUUUCACCACAUCUACCAGACGCACUCACGGGACCCCAACACGAAGCCCUUCAACCCGCUGUUCGACGGCAGCCUCGCGGCGCAGAGCGAGCUCGACGGGCCCGCGGCGGAGCUGGUGGCUCAGCUGCAGGAUCUGUAUCAGGGCGAGGACUGGCAAGACAUGCAGUUCCUGGCCGAUGACGAGCUGCUACUUAACAGAGGCGAGAACCCUACGAGCAUAGACACGGCCUACCUCUAUACAGGAAGGCUUGUGUCCAAGUUUUUGUUGUCAUUCAUGGACGAAGACCGUAUUUUUGGCGGCAAGAUAUGA